AUGGCACCUGAAGUCGACAUCGUGACUUUUGAAAUCGCCGAACCUCUCCGUAAGGUGAACGAGCGAGGGGGGGGGCGCGAAUGUAAUUGCAUUGACCGGAAUUUGAAUUCGGUUCGCCAAUUCCACUUUCCACGCUACGGACACAUCCUCUCUCUCCCCACUCUCCUCCUCUCUCUCCCUCUUUCUCUCUCUCUCUCUCUCUCUCUCUCUCUCUCUCUCUCUCUCUCUCUCUCUCUCUUUCUGGCUGUCUCCCAUUCUCUCUCCCUCUCUGCCUUUCUCUUCUCUCUCUCUUUUCCUUUCUCUCUCUCUCUCUUUCUCUCUUUCUGCCUCUCCCACCAUCUCUCUCCCAUCUCUCUCUCCCCUUUAUUCUCCUUCUCUCAUCCUCUCCCUCUCGUUCUCUACCUCUCUCUCUCCAAUCUCUCUCCCUCUCUCCCAUCUCUCUCCCUCUUGAUCACUCUCCUCCCCUCUCUCUCGCUCUCUGCCUGUCUCUUUCUCUCUCUCUUUCCUCUUUUCUGCCUCCCUCCCCAUCUCUCUCUCCCUCUCUCUCCCAUCUCCUUCCCUCUUGAUCCCUCUCCUCUCCUCUCUCUCUCUCUGCCUCUCUCUUUCUUUCUCUCUCUCUUUUCCCUUUUUUGCCUCCCUCCUCAUCCCUCUCUCCCCUCUCGAUCCCUCUCUCUUUCUCUCUCUCUCGUUCUCUGCCUCUCUCCCUCUCUCUCUCUCUCCCUCUCUCUUCCUUUCUCUCUCCCUCUCUUUCCACUUUUCUGCCUCCCUCCCCAUCUCUCUCCCUCUCUCUCUUCUCUCUCUCUCUCUCUCUCUCUCUCUCUCACAAGAGACCGAUGCCCUGGCGAUUUAUUCGUUUCUCUACGCUACGAUGCCCUGAAACAACAGAUCGAAGCCGUAGUAGGUAAAGCGCACAGACUAUGCCUUACGACGCUGUCGACGAACAGCAUUGGAUCAACUGAAACCCCUAAUCUUGACCCUGACGUGUUUUUUGUGAUUGUUAACUUGAGAAGUGGUACGUCAAUCAUUCGCCAUAAAAUGACUCCGCCAAUGGCAGGCGUGUCUCCCGAGUGGAACAGAGUUUUAUUGUUUCCAAUGACUGGUGGUAACGUCGAAACUCAUUCCUUGGAGUUUCUGAUCGUGAAAGGUGCUGUUUUCACCCGGAGCAACAUCCUUGGUCACGUCAUUGUUGGCCCUUCGGCUUCUCCAGUCGGAGAAUUACACUGGAAGGAAAUGCUUUCCCCAAGAAGGACGCGAGUGGGAAGGUGGCAUCGGAUCGUACCAUUGGAUUACUAA